UGGUCACCCUUACUACAAACUCUGACCUCAGCUUUAGACAAACUAAUGGAAUAUAUAUAUUUUUUAUUUGCAGGCAUCAUGCUAUUCUUCUUGUGCCUCACGCUUUUGCUUGAUUUUAAAAAAGGUCCCCAAGUUGAAGCUCAAGUUGUGAGGUUGGUUAAUGGGAGUAGCAGCUGUUCAGGAAGAGUGGAGGUUCUUCAUGAUGGUCAAUGGGGAACAGUGUGUGAUGAUGACUGGUAUCUAUCAGUUGCUGAAUUGGUGUGUAUAGAAUUGGAUUGUGGAGAUGCUAUAGACGCAGAGUCUAAUGCUUAUUUUGGAGAAGGAUCGGGACCUAUAUGGAUGGAUGAAAUAAACUGUGUUGGCAAUGAAUCAUCACUGGUAGACUGUGGAAUUUUAGGGUGGGGAAUACACGACUGUGAACAUAAUGAAGACGCUGGAGUCACUUGUAAAGCUCCUGUUAGGUUGAAUGGCAGUAACUCGUGUUCUGGACGUGUGGAGGUUCUUCAUAAUGGAACAUGGGGAACAGUGUGUACAGAUUAUUGGGACUCUACUGAUGCUGCAGUGGUGUGUAAAGAGGUCGGAUGCCCAACCGGUGCUGAAGUAACAAGAAAUUCAUUUGGACCUGGUGUGGGAACAAUAUGGAUGGAUAAUGUUCAAUGUACAGGGACUGAAUUAUCACUGAAGGAUUGCACAUUUAAUGGAUGGGGAAUAAACAACUGUUAUCAUUCAUAUGAUGCCGGAGUCAUCUGUCGAGAUGUUAGACUGGUAGAUGGAGAUAAUCUGUGUUCUGGAAGAGUGGAGGUUUUAUACAAUGGUCAAUGGGGAACUGUCUGUGAUGCUGGCUGGGACUUAACAGAUGCUGCAGUGGUGUGUAAUAGCAUGGGUUGUGGGUCUCCUAUAGCAGCAGAGACCGGAGCAUUCUUUGGGCAGGGUUCAGGACCUGUGUGGCUGGGUGAUGUAGGUUGUUCUGGAAAUGAGCCAACAGUGACCAAUUGUUCAUCAAAUGCAUUAGGGACAAGCACCUGCAGCCAUGGACAAGAUGCUGGAGUCAUCUGCAACCCUCCUAUUAGGUUAGUGAAUGGUGAUAACUCAUGUUCUGGACGAGUGGAGGUUCUUCGUGAUGGAUUAUGGGGAACAGUGUGUUUAGAUUACUGGGGUACUGAUGAUGCUGCAGUGGCAUGUAAAGAGGUCGGAUGUCCAACUGGUGGAGAAGUGACAAGAAAUUCAUAUGGACCUGGUGUGGGACCAAUAUGGAUGGAUAAUGUUCAUUGUACGGGGACUGAAUUGUCACUAAGAGGGUGCAGAUUUAAUGGAUGGGGAAUAAAUGACUGUUAUCAUUCAUAUGAUGCUGGAGUCAUCUGUCGAGAUAUUAGACUGGUAGAUGGAGAUAAUCUGUGUUCUGGAAGAGUGGAGGUCUUAUACAAUGAUCAGUGGGGAACUGUCUGUGAUGCUGGCUGGGAUUUGACUGAUGCAGCAGUGGUGUGCGAAAGCAUGGGUUGUGGGACUCCAAUAGCAGCAAAGGUCGGGGCUUUCUUUGGGCAGGGUUCAGGAUCUGUGUGGCUAGAUGAUGUGAGUUGUUCUGGGAAUGAGCCAACAGUGAAAAAUUGUCUAUCGAAGGCAAUAGGAACAAGCAGCUGUAGCCAUGGACAAGAUGCUGGAGUCGUCUGUAACCCCUCUGUUAGGUUGGUGAAUGGCAGUAACUUAUGUUCUGGACGAGUGGAAGUUCUUCAUGAUGGAAUAUGGGGAACAGUGUGUCAGGAUUACUUUGGUACUUAUGAUGCUGCAGUGGUGUGUAAAGAGGUUGGAUGUCCAACUGGUGGUGAACCAAAAAGAUAUACUUACUUUGGACCAGGUGUUGGAACAAUAUGGAUGGAUAAUGUUCAUUGUACAGGAAGUGAAUUGUUACUAAGAGGGUGCAGAUUUCGUGGAUGGGGAAUAAACGACUGUGAUCAUUCAAAUGAUGCUGGAGUCAUCUGUCGAGAUGUAAAACUAGUAUAUGGAGAUAAUCUGUGUUCUGGAAGAGUGGAGGUUUUAUAUAAUGAUGAAUGGGGAACCGUCUGUGAUGCUGGCUGGGAUUUAACAGAUGCUGCAGUGGUGUGUAAGAGCAUGGGUUGUGGGACUCCUAUAGCAGCAGAGACUGGAGCUUUCUUUGGGCAGGGUUUAGGACCCGUGUGGCUGGAUGAUCUGAUAUGUUCUGGGAAUGAGCCAUCACUAAAAAAUUGUCUAUCGAAGGCAUUAGGAACAAGCACCUGUAGCCAUGAACAAGAUGCUGGAGUCAUCUGUCGAGAUAUAAAGCUGGUAGGUGGUACAAGUCCAUGUGAUGGCAGACUUCAGGUUCUUUAUGAUGAUCACUGGGGUUCAGUGUGUCACACUGGCUGGGGUCUGGAUGAAGCUGCAGUUGUGUGUAAAGAGCUGGGCUGUGGUGCAACUGGAGAGCCAGUGUCAUAUGUGGGUCCUUUUGUUGGGCCUAUAUGGAUGAGUAAUAUUGCAUGUACUGGAAAUGAGUUAACAGUGCGAAACUGUUCAUUUACUGGAUGGGGUUUGAGCAGUUGCAUGAAUGGACUUUAUGCAGGAGUUAUUUGCAACAAAAUUGUGAAAAAAGGUGUGGUGAGGAUUGUGGUUACAGUUGACCCUGGCAUUGAUGUCAGUGACCCAAAUAUCUUAAAGAAGCUUUUGGACAAGAUAAGCAAAGUGGGAAAAAGUCAAGGAGAUUAUUUGGCAAACUGGAAAACACAACCUGAUGGGAAGGUAUUUCAGGAAAUACCAACAUUGCAGGUCAGAACUGAAUGCAAUAGAGAACAAUAAUCUCAAGCUACUAUAAUGAUAUGAUGGUAAUCUAUUUAUGCUCACUUGUCUGUACCAUAUACAGAUAUAACUCGUUUUAAAAACUAAUUGUAUAUAAUAUAAAUAAAAGCAUAAACUUUAUUGAUGCAAAAUCAGCAAGGAGGUGACUUUUAAUGUAGAUAUACGGAAAAUAUUUUGCCUUAUAACUACUCAUUAGAUACUAGUAAGUAUUAUUUAACACUAGUAUUUAUAUAUUAGAUACUAGUAUCUUUUACAAUAGUUACUAGUAACAUUUUUAAUCUUACUAGUCACAAUUGUUUUUUACCUGUCAUAUGUAAUGACUAGUCAAAAUGGCCACUGUAGAGUAAAAUUAAAAAUCUUACUAGUAAAAUAAAUUAUCUUACUAGUUUCUAUUAAAAAAGUAAUAGUGUCUAAUGAAAAAGAACUAGUAUCUAAUGAAUAGAUACUAGUAUUUAUUUAAUAAGUCACUGAUUCUUGAAACUUUUGCAAAACAUGUCCCACUAAGAAAAGUGCUAAUUCUGUUGGAAAUUAUUAACAUUUUCAUGAAGAAAAAGAAUCAAUGUUAUAAUCAGGGGGUCCUUUGCACAUAUGUAAGGUUCAUUUAUAGGCUUAUUUUUAGCUUUUAUUAAUUAAAUGAUAAAAUGCUGGCACAUUGCUUAUAAAAUCAGCUGUUCUCGGUUAAGAGAUAAUCAUUUCAACUUGAUUAAAAAAGCCAAAAGUAAUAAUUGAAUUGAAUAAUAUAUUUACCACAUGAAAGGGUACAUUGUAAUAUAUAUUAAAAACUACAAACAGUGAGUUUUGAACAAUAUUUACUAUUAUUUUGUGAUUGCUCAAAAUGUGUCCCACAUAUUCCACACCACUGUAAGAUAUUUAUAAAAAGCAAUGAAAUCAAACAACUACAGGGUCAACUGCAUUCCUGAGGACCCCAUUUUCAAACCUUCAGCUCUACUGCAUGCUUCAAGAUCACUCAAGCUCCUGUAUGUUUGCUAUUUUCUCUUAAACUUGUUCAUAUUUUUGGACACUACUACUGUGACAACCAUAACAUGUCAACACCGUCAUCUUUGUAUAAAAAAUAUUAGAUUAGAUUAUGAAAUAAAUGUAUCAUUUUUAAGAAGAGGUCUGAAGUAGCUAGCAACAGAGGGGAAACAAGAUGGCACAAUGUGAACAACUCAUCUAUUUCAUGUGAAAGAGUAGGUUUUUGUCACCACCGUCAGAUGUCACCACCGUCAGGUUUUCUGUCUUUUCUUUAAGGUUUUAUGUAUUUUAGGAAGUUAUGAUUUGAUAUUUGUUCAUCAUAGUGCUCAGGAUUGUUAUUUUUUGGACCAAACAUUUACAUAAAGUUUAAGCAAGAAGCCAUUGACUUGAGUGGUAUACAUUUUGGAAUUGUAUGUUGUAAUGAGGCCACUGU